UAAACAACAACAAAAACAACAACAUGAGCGCAACAGCAACAAAUCUAACAAACACCACAACAAAGACCACUACGGGGCUAUCCAAUUAUUUUUUGAAGAAAAAGCGAAAAUUAUUUUUAUUUAAAUUUUUCGAUACUUUUAAUUGUGCUAAAGAAACGGAUCGAGUAAAAUUGUUAGACGAAACAUCACAACAACCAAAUAUGCCACCAACAGUAGCAACAACAAAACAGACCGCGGUUACUAGGAAACAUAGCGAUAUUAGUGCUGAAAAUGAAAGAUUGUCGGAAAAUUGUACGCAAGUUUGUUUAAUAUGCCGACAGGAGAUGGUGGACAGUUGCAUAGAAUGUGGCCAAGUUAUGAAGUCAAGCAAGUGUGUGAGUUAUAUUAGUUGUAUGAAUAGUGUGAGUAGUGUGAGUAGUAUCAAUGCCAGCCACAGAUCCCAUAACACCAAUACAAAUGACAUACCUAGUAGAGAUGAAGAAAUGAUGUAUAUAAAUAGAAUAUCACACCUAAACAACAAAUAUGCUGAAUUUGACAGCACAAAACAAUGCGCAACAACAACGCAACUUGAUUUACAUCACCAGCAGCACCAACAGCAACAACAACCGCAACAACAUCAUUGCCAGUCGCAUCCUCAUCAUCACUGCCAUUGCAACAAAAAGUGUAACAAACUAGCAACAGUGCUAUGUAACAGCUGUUGCUAUAAAAAUAAACGACAAUAUAGUUCCUGCCCAACAACAACAGCAACAACCACAUUGAAUUGUUUAUGCAAACAUUUUUGUAAAUGCUCGAACAUAGCUAAUGCAAAUGAAACGGCGAGUAGCAUUGCUAUUACAACAAAUAUGAAUAUAACAAAUAAAGAAAUGAUUCCUUCAACAACGGUUAUCAGUAUAAAAUCAUCAACAACGUCAACGUCAACAUCACCAACAUCGCUAUCGCUAUCUGCAAGAAAUACAACAACGAAUGCAAUACCGUUAACUAUGGAUCAUCCAAUGAAUGCAAGUUUGUUUGAUGGAACUACUAAACUAACGGAAGGUACAAAUAUUAAAGGCAACAACAACAAUAUUAAAACUGGAAACUCCCCGAGAAGUGAGAGAGAGAGUGAGAGAAAACCGUCUCUAGUAUAUCGUUUCUUAUUGAUAACACUUCAAUAUAUGCAAAUUUACAUGCGAACGCAUGUCAACUUUUUUUUCAAUAAAAGACAACAAUGUCCUCCAUUGUCAAGACUGAUAUUUCUUUAUAAUUCCUAUUCUAAAAAUAAUGAUUAUAAUAAUUAUAAUUGUAAUAGUAAUAAUUAUCAUUUAAACAAUAAUGCUAAAAAGGCAAACAAUAAAAUGGCAAUCGCAGCAAAUAAACAAAUUCUAAAAGCAUCACAACAUAAACAUACACAAAAAGAAAAACAAAAACAACGCCAACAACAUCCACAACAUAAACAUCACUCCUCCGGACACCAAGAUCAUGACCCGCGGUUUUUGUCUCAUCCCUUCAAGCGACAACCAUAUCUAAGUUGCAUCGAUCAAUUAACUCGAUCGCUUAUGUAUCUGAUUUUAAUAAUGGUUGCGUUGUCCAUCAUAGUGCCAACGACACAAGCACAAACAUCGCAUCAAUCCUCGACAGCAACUGGAACUGCAUUAGCCACUGGUAUAGCAGCAGCAGCAGCAGCUGUCGGUUCUACCACAUCACAAGUCACACUAUCACGUAACGAAACUGUUUGCAAAUCAUUGGAUCUACGCAAUUCACCCAGUGAAUUUCGACAAUUGGAAAAUUGCACUGUUAUUGAAGGUUUCCUGCUUAUGACAUUAGUUCUUCCAAAAUCACAAGAGGAAUUCACAGAAACAUAUCCACUUUUAACCGAAGUUACUGAAUUCAUAAUUGUUUAUCGUAUACACAAUUUACGUUCAUUAUCUCAAAUAUUUCCGAAUUUAAGUAUUAUACGAGGUCGAGAAUUAUUUGAUGGUGCCUAUGCACUAGUUGUGUAUUCAAAUCCGCAUCUUGAGGACUUAGGGCUUUCGAAAUUGACGACUAUAUCACGUGGUGGUGUACGCAUAGAAAAUAACGUCAGAUUAUGUUUUGUUGAGACAAUCGAUUGGUCACUGAUUCUUACCAAUUCAACUGAAAUAAGUAUAAAGACUAACCACAAUAAAGAUGAAUGUCCGCAAUGCCCCGGUGAUAUAAGAAAUAAUCAAGAAAGUGGUAGCAAGGAUUUGAUUUGCAAGGAACAUAAUGGACGACGACAUUGUUGGAAUAAUAAAGCUUGUCAAAAAAUUUGUCCAGCUGAAUGCCCAAAUAAUUGUCGGGAUGAGAAGACGUGCUGCAAUAAAGCCUGUCUAGGCGGUUGUGCAGCUAAUGAUUUAAAUGUCUGCCUAGCUUGCCGUGAAUAUUCAAUUUACAACAAUACUUGCACAGAUCGGUGUCCUAAAAAUUACUACAGUUAUUUAGAUCGAAGAUGUCUCACAGCGGAGUCAUGUUCCCAUAUAGGUACAAAGUUUGAAAAUAACAAACAGGAGACAUUGGUACCAUAUAAUGGCACUUGUACGACACGCUGUCCAGAUCGGUAUGUCAAGGUUAAUGGAACAUGUAAAGUUUGCGGUGACAAAUGUGUGAAGAAGUGUGGCGGUGGCUUAAUUGAUAGCGUAGCACGUGCCAAAGAAAUGCAUGGUUGCACACAUAUAACCUCAGAAGGUUUGACAAUAAGUAUAAAAAGGGGUGGACGUUACUUAAUGGAAGAUUUGGAAUUUGGUUUAUCGUCGAUAGAAGAAAUUGAUUAUUACUUGAAGGUGCAAGGCACAUUCGGUAUGUUCUCAUUGAAAUUCUUCAAGAACUUAAAAAGAAUUAGAGGCACUAAACUCCUGGAAGAUAAAUUUGCACUGUAUGUAUUAGAGAAUUCCGAUUUGGAAACUAUCUGGGGACCCAAUAAAACAGUAUAUAUAGACAAUGGACGUGUUUUCUUUCAUUUUAACCCAAAACUUUGUUAUGAUGAAAUCGAUAUGCUGCGCCCAAUGUUAAAGAAUAAUGCUACAUUUGAUAAGAAUGAAGUGGCAACGGAUUCAAAUGGUUCUAAGGGGUCAUGUAAUACUACUUUUUUAAAUGCAACAGUUUUUAAAGUAGCGUCUACUUGGUUUGGUAUUGGAAUAGACGCAAUUAAAUUUGAUGAUGAACGCACUUUCAUUGGUUAUCAAUAUUAUUUCAUUGAAGAUAAAUAUAAAAAUGUUACUAAAUAUGGGCAUCGUGUAUGUGAUGAUGGUUGGACAGUGAGUGAGCCUACCAAACAAACAAGAUAUAUUUUCAGUGAACUGAAGCCCUUUACUCAAUAUGCUUUCUAUGUCAAAACAAUGACCAUAUCAUCGGAACGUCGAAAUGCACAAAGUCCCAUACAACAUAUCACAACUAAAUCAGCACAACCGACACCAGUACGAAAAAUAACAGCUAUACCUAAGUCUAGUAAUGAAAUUAUACUGAAAUGGCGCCCACCGGCAAGAGCUCAUGGCAAACUUACGAAGUAUAUAAUACGCGCCAAACUUGAUAAAGCUCGCAUAAACUUGGGCUCAAGAAACUAUUGCAAAGAUCCUUAUAUAUAUCGGGGCAAGGAAGAUGAAAUUAAACCUGAAGGUAUUGUUUAUCCACAAACAAUUACUGAAAAUCCGAUAGGACGUUCAGAUUGUAAAUGCGAUGCAAAAGGGGAAACUGUAGAAAUAUCAGAAGAAACCAUACACGAAGGCAUUGAAUUCGAAAACACAAUACAAAAUUUUGUUUACGUAAAGCAAAGCAAUAGUACUAGCUCAAAGUCAGAAAGCAGUGAUUCAAACUUGGUAAAAGGUAUUGUGCAACGCCAUCGACGUAGUGAAAAUGAUUUUAACAUGCUCAGUAUUUCAACAUUACUUCCACCCUUGGAUAGCGGUACAAUAUAUGAAUCAACGCAUAAUGAAACACGCAUGGAUAAUACAAACACAUAUUACGAAGUAAUAGUACAAGAGGUGAACGAUAGCACCACCGAAUAUACAUUCAAAAAUCUUAAACAUUUUUUCGUGUAUGAAUUGGGUGUACAAGCGUGCAGAGAACCUGAACUAGGUGCAGAUGAGAAAGAUUGUAGUAUAAUGUUGCAUACGGAUGUUCGUACUUUGAGAUUAGAUAACGUUGAUAAAGUUGAAAAUUUUGAUGCUAAAUUGGAACCAACAAAUACAACUCGCUACAAUAUUCGUUUGCGUUGGGAUCCGCCUACACAACCAAAUGGUGCUAUCGUCUCCUAUACAAUUAUAUAUCAACUCGAUGUAUUGGAUGCGGUUGACGAGAAGAAAUGCAUAACAGAACUAGACUAUCGCAAUAUGACCAAUGGUUAUUUGUUAACUAGCCUAUCUACUGGCAAUUAUAGUAUUAAAGUAAGAGCUAAUUCAUUAGCAGGCGAAGGCGUAGACUCGCCAGCAAAAUAUGUUCUCGUUCCCUCCACUCAAUGGUCUACAACUGCCAUUACUAUUGCUUGUGUAAUAGCUGUAAUAAUACUCUUCGCAUUGCUUGCUGCUACACAUUAUGUAUGCAAAAAAUUACGUACUAAGCCAUCUGAUCUUAAGAUAUACCCUAACGUCAAUCCGUACUAUAUAAGUCUACAAUACAUUCCUGAUGAGUGGGAAGUUGAACGUGAUCGUGUUCUACAACUAAGUCCACUAGGACAAGGUUCAUUUGGUAUGGUUUACGAAGGUGUGCUUAAAGCCAAAGAUGAAAACAGCGUGGAUACACCUUGUGCUAUAAAAACUGUUAACGAAAAUGCUACGGAUAGGGAACGCAUGAAUUUCCUUAAUGAAGCGAGUGUUAUGAAGAAAUUCGAUACCUAUCAUGUGGUGCGUUUGUUGGGUGUUUGUUCACGUGGUCAACCGGCAUUAGUUAUAAUGGAACUUAUGAAAAAUGGUGACUUGAAAUCGUAUUUAAGAGCGCAUCGUCCCGAUAGCGGUGAUGAUGGUAGCAAAGGAGAGGGUGAAGCACGAAUAAGGACUAGACUAGCAAGUGGACCUGUACAACCACCACCAUUAAGUCGUCUCUAUCAGAUGGCUAUUGAAAUAGCUGACGGUAUGGCUUAUCUUGCUGGAAAAAAAUUUGUACAUCGCGACUUAGCUGCCCGUAACUGUAUGGUUGCAAUUGACUUAACAGUAAAAAUUGGUGAUUUCGGUAUGACGCGAGACAUUUAUGAAACCGAUUAUUACCGUAAAGGCACAAAAGGACUUUUGCCUGUGCGUUGGAUGGCACCUGAAAGUUUACGCGACGGUAUGUAUUCAAGUGCCAGUGACGUCUUCAGUUAUGGAGUUGUAUUAUGGGAAAUGGCUACAUUGGCUUCACAGCCAUAUCAGGGUUUGUCAAACGAUCAAGUUUUACGUCAUGUUAUUGAUGGUGUUGUUAUGGAACGUCCUGAAAAUUGUACCAAUAUACUAUAUGAUUUAAUGCAAAAGUGUUGGCGUUAUCGUGAUACAGCACGCCCUUCAUUUAUGGACAUAAUAAAAGAUUUGUCUGAUUUCGCCGAUCCAACAUUUCGUGAUGUAUCAUUUUAUCAUUCGGAAGAAGGGGAACAAAUUCGUAUUAAGGAAGAAGCAGAAAAACCCAGUGAUCUUGCACGUGUUAUUGAUAACAACAAUAGUCCAGUGAAUGAUGAGAAACCCAACUCGCCAUAUAGUUUGGGCAACUAUGGGAUUACUAGCAGUACACCUGAUGGCCAAUCAAAAAGUAGUUAUCAAUUUCAAAAUCCUCCACUCGAUUCAGAGCCAUCAACAUCAGCUGGUAUUUUUAGUAGCGGCAGUGCACACUUACAACCCCAAACACAUCCUCAUACACAUCCACAUCAGCGUCAACUUCAUCAACCAUUACGUAGUCGUUUUCCAGUUUCUAAUCCCAGUUUACCCAAAAACUACCAAAAUGAAACUGAAGCAGCUGCUUAUGUGCUACCUGAUUAUAACAUGGAUGAACAUGAUGGUCAACAUCGUCCGGAAGUACCAGUAAUUGCGGGAAAAAGUGCAGAAACUGACGAACGUGGGUAUGAAGUGUAUGACCCUAGUCCAAACUAUCGUGAACAUGCUCCUUACGAUGCUGCCGAUGAAGAAGAAGAUUUUGAUCAACAAACAACAAGUCGUAGUGGUAAAUUUGGUAGCAGCGCUGGUGGAAGCGGACGAAUUAGUUUAUUACCUUGGAACAGACAGCGACAACGUGUGCCAACAAUUAUGCCAAUGUCUAGCUCAAUGCCAGAUGAAGUUACUACUAGUACACCAAUGUCUUCUUCCUUACAUCCAUCGACUGCUUCCGCAGAGUCCACCACUGCUUCAACGGCUAUACCAGCAAGUAGUAAAGGUCAACCGACCAGUUUGAAGCGCGCCGUUGCUGAUACAGUACAAAAUGUUGGUAAAUCUCUAAUGCCAGCGCCGUUUCAUCGAAGAUUCUUCAAUCACAAACGUUCUGGUAGUAAUACUAGUCACAAAAGCACAAGUUCAAAUCCAAACACUACUUCUAAUAGUAAUACCAAUCUAACAGGUAGUAAAAAUUUAAGCACAAUUGAAAGUGGUGGCAGUGGUAGCGCAGGCAGCUACACUGCAACUCCACGCUUUUUCACACCCGCUAAAACGACGGUAUCAUCUAGCGAAAAUCCUAACUACAAACAUCAACCACUGAAUGAAUCACUAGAUACAACAGCAUCGCCAUCAAAGUCGCUAACUACCACAUCAACAGCGCCAUCAAUUAGUGAAAAUCCAAAUUACUCACAUCUGCCAGCAACUGGUACUGAUAUACCACCUAUUAGUCAUCCCAAUUAUAUAAUGAUGGUAGAACCACCACGAACUGCACUGCCCACGCCUUUUACGCAUGUAAGCGUUAAUCCUAAUUAUCAAUUAAUGGGCCCAGCACCACCAACAACAACACAAUCCAGCAGCACAGGAGGGUUUAGUACGCAACCAUUUACAUCACUAUCUGCAGCACUGCGCCGAGAGCAAAGUCGUGAAAGAUUCUACAAUUCAGACACGUCAUCAGCUAGUAGUGAUGACGAGCCGCAUACGGAGAAUAUUAAAAUGGAACGCAUGCCACUGAAUCGUAAGCGCAGUAGUGAACGUAUGCCAACAUCGAAACGCAGUAGUCGAAGCCGUUCGCAGAGUCGCAGCAAAUUUGAAGAACAGCCUUCAACCGCCACAACAAUGCCGCUCGUGUCUACAGCAUCUGCUGCACCAUCAGCCAAUUAUUCAAUUAAGGAAAAAUGGUUAAGGCAACAACAAACACAACAACAACAACCACCGCCCCCGAAUGGUUUUAUUGGACGUGAUGCGUAAUGACUCAGUGGGACAAAACUAAGCUAAGCCUUCUGAAGGUACGCGUACGUCAAGGAUAAGCAAGUACGGUAAGUAAAUUAUGCAUGUAAUUUACUUUUGAACUGACGUACAUAUUUUGUAUAAUUAAUGUAAAAUAUUACUUAAUAAACUCAAACUAAA